AUGGAACAGCCCACCAGCGGCAGCGAGGAAUACACUGCAGCGCUUCAGAACAUCAAAGAGCACGUGAAGCAGCUGGAGAAGGCCGUGUCGGGGAAGGAGCCGCGCUACGUCCUGCGUGCCUUGCGGGCUCUGCCCUCCACCUCCCGCCGCCUCAACUCCAACGUGCUGCACAAAGCCGUCAGCGGCUUCUUCACCUCCAACAGCUCCACGCGGGAUUUCCUGCUCGCCUUCCUGGAGGAGAAUUUCUGCCCUGUAUCAUGACAACCUAAGCUUUACUACGCCCUGAGUGUUUCUGCCCGAUAUCAGUGGUUCCGUUCCGGCUCAGCCCCUCCGCUCUCCCCGGGCAGCGGUUCCUCGGCUCUGACCUCCGUCCCCCUCCCGCAGGCUCAGAAAGUGUCGGACGACCUGAUGCAGAAGAUCAGCUCCCAAAACCGCCGCGCCCUCGACCUGGUGGGGGCAAAAUGUUACUACUACCACUCCCGCAUCUACGAGUUCCUGAAUAAGCUCGACGUGGUGCACAAGCUGCUCAUCGUGGUGGAGCUGCUGCUGGGGGAGAUCCCGGACAGGCUCCAGUUCCGACAGCCCUCGCUCAAGCGGUCGCUCAUGCCCUACUUCCUCCUGACCCAGGCCGUCAGGACCGGCAACCUGGCCAAGUUCAACCAAGUCCUCGAUCAGUUUGGCGACAAGUUCCAGGCUGACGGCACCUACACCCUGAUCAUUC